AUGGGUGGCUCGAUUGAAACCUACAACAAUGAUCUCCAAAGUUUAUGGCAAGAAAUCGAUUUUCGUCAUUUGAAUAGGAUGAAAUGUGACUCCGAUAUCAAGGAGCACAACGCCAAUCUCCAAGAAGACCGUGUUUGUAUAUUCUUGAUGGCUUGGAUGACCGCCUUGAUAAUGCCCGCAGGGAUGUUCUUCAAAUGGCUAUGUUUCCACUGUCGAGCAGGCCUAUACUUUUGUCCGACGCUAAGAUCUCCAAUAAGCUGUGAUGAUGGAUACUCAAGCUCCAAUCGCAGCUAG